AUGGAUCCGCAAAAUUCGCACUACCAUUUUGGCGAAGGCGCGGGUUCUAGCCCCCUUUUACCCGUAUCCGCAUUUUCAGCUUACAGCCUGCUGAGAAACUGUAAUUAUUUAUUAACGUCCCAAACGCAAGAUGCGCAUUUGAAAUCUUUCAGGAGUCCAGUCCCAUCAGAUUUUCACCUCCGAUCGCCAGUGAUUGAAGAGGAAAAAGCCUUUUUAAAUUUUCCUCCUAAGGGCUUUAUAUCAACACCCGCUCCAUUUUUUGGUUACUCAUCGCAUCCGAUUCAUCUGUUACAAACUGAUCAAAUACGAUCUAGAAGCCCCAAUAACGUAUCUCCGUGCUCCUCCAUCUAUGGCACAAGUUCUAAUUUUAAAAGACAAAGAGGAGAAAAAAAACCAAUCCCAGACGAACAAAAGGACGAUAAGUAUUUUGAGAGGAGACGAAGAAAUAAUCAGGCUGCGAAAAAGUCUAGAGAUGCCAGGAAAAUGAGAGAAGACCAGAUUGCCUUAAAAGCCACAAUUCUAGAACAUGAAAACGCAAUUUUGAGGGCACAAGUGUUGACACUGCGAGAGGAAGCUUCAUCUCUACGACAAAUGCUUCUCCAGAAAAAAGCUUUAGAAUUAGCUACAAGAGAUCCACAAAUUUGUAUAAAUUAA